GUGGGAUAGCAAGUUCACAUAUCGGAGAGUACGGAACAAGAAGUGUACUUGCACGUCCUAAAGCCAGACGCCAGUGGCCCUUAAGCUUGUAGUGCAUCGAGAGGUAAUAUGUAGAUGCGUUUCGAGGUAAGAGCUAACUUCGAGACAACAUCCUUAGAGGCAACCCAGGAGUUGAACGGAGCAGCUGAACGGUGUAGCCAAAGUAUGACUGCUGCAAAGACUGCCUUGUCACAACUUCACAGGUCCAUCUGCACAGCAGCCUCGUUCAGCAACCUGCCCUUCUCAGCCCUACGACCCAUCGAUCCACUCACGACUUGCAGAAAGACAACGGAAGCAGCGCCGCGAGAUUAUCGCCUGAGACGAAAACGUGUGCUGAAUAAUUCGCUCAAACACGUAGGGCUGCAGCAAAAGGGCUGAACGGUGGCGUUUCCGUUAUCUCCAUUAACGGAGCACCUUCCCUAUCAGGUUGCUUUUCGUCCGUUUGUGUUUUGCGUUGCUUGGAGUUCCC